UAUAUUUUCCCUUUCCUUAAUUUAGCUAUAAAUAAACCACUUUGUUGUGUUCACAAAUCAAUCACAGUUACUGUGUAUUGGGUGGCUUUUGACUCCCCUAACCCAACUUAAAUUUUAUCCCUUUAUUAAUCUCUAUUCUAUAUAUAAAUAACCACUCUUCUUUCUUUGCUACCUUAACCUUACAUUACAAUCACAAAACCCCUCUCUCUCUCUUUUUCUCUCUGAAUAACUUUUAAGGUUAAGGUUCAAUCUCUCUCUCUUAAUCCAAAUCAAACAUGGAACCUGCCCCUGAACAACCAGAACAACAAAUCUCUUUAGCCUCUAGAGAAAUCACCAAUAUCAUCAAAGGCAAAAGAACCAAAAGGGUUAGGCCACAAUCUCCUAUACCUUUCUCCAUCACUGCUAAUUCUUCAACUGGUGAAGGAGGAGGAGGAGGAGGAGAAAGAGAAGAUUGCAACAAUGUUGAUGAUGUUAACAAUAAUACCAUCAUUAACACCAACAACAAUAAUACAUCUCCAACAACUUCUUAUGUUGAAGAAAAACAAGACAGUACUGUUGUUAUUGAUGAAGAAUAUGAUAUGGCAAAUUGUUUGAUUCUAUUGGCACAAGGACAAGCAAAGGAAUCAUCAACAAAGAACACUGAUGAUUUAGAUGGUGGAAUGAUGAACUACACAAAAUAUAGCAGUAGAAAAUUCAUGGAAGCUGCUACUUUGGAUUCUGGAAGAGCUGGUUUCUAUGUUUAUGAAUGCAAAACAUGCAACAGAACAUUCCCUUCAUUUCAAGCCCUUGGUGGCCAUAGAGCAAGUCACAAGAAACCAAAAGCUUUAGCAAUUGCUCAAGAGAAAAAGCACUUAUAUGAUGAUGAUCAAGAGUUUCAAUUCAAACCCAAUCAUAAAUCAAUUUCUCUUCAAUUGAAUAACAAUGGUAAGGGAAAUCUACAUGGUGGAAGCAACAAUAACAACAAGUCUAAGGUUCAUGAGUGUUCCAUUUGUGGUUCUGAAUUCACAUCUGGUCAAGCACUAGGUGGCCAUAUGAGGCGCCACCGUGCACCGGUGGGAACUUCUGCAGCCAACACCACACUCUCUUUGACAACAAUGGCUUUGGAACCUGAUGAAGAUCAUCCUAGAAAGAAAAGGAAUGUUUUGUCUUUGGAUUUGGAUCUCAACCUUCCUGCACCUGAAGAUGAUCAUAGAGAAUCUAAGUUUGCCUUUGCUUCCAAGCAACAUCAACAACAACAACAACAAAAUGGCCAAAAACAACAACAGCAGCAGCAGCAACAACAACAAAAGCAACAAACAAAUCUUGUCUUCUCUGCACCAGCUUUGGUGGAUUGUCAUUACUGAGACAAGUAACAAGGUUUUGGUUUUGGAUUCAACAUGAUGAUGAUCAACAAACAAAUUUGUCUUGAUCAUCAACAUUCAAAUCUAGAAAUAUAUUUGUUGUAAGAUAUUAUAUUCUUUUGAUUCAUUAUCAACUUGAACAAGCACCUGAUAAUUUUUACAAAAUUCAGUUGUUUAUUGAAGAAUUUUUUUAAUUUUGUUCUAUGAAAAGGCCUACACAACAACUCAUGUAUAGCUCAUGUUGUGUAUCUUUUUCAUAUUAAUUUUUUCUAUUUGCUCUUUUUUUUCUGUGCCAAAGAAUGUGAUGAUGUAUUAUGAGUACAGAGAGAAAGAGAGACAUAAGGGGGUUAUAGUUAUUGGUACAAUCUUAAAAAUCUUUGUUUAAGUUUCCA